AUGAGCUCUCUCCGCAUCGCCCGAGCUGCCCUCCGCGCGAGGCCCGCUGCCAUUGCCCGCCCCAUCCAGCGCAGAGGGUACGCCGAAGUCGCCAAUGACAAGAUCAAGCUCUCCUUAGCUCUCCCGCAUCAGUCUAUCUACAAGUCCCAGGAUGUCGUCCAGGUCAACCUCCCCGCGGAGACCGGUGACAUGGGUGUUCUGGCCAACCACGUUGCCUCCAUCGAGCAGCUGAAGCCCGGCCUAGUCGAGAUUAUCGAGGAGCAGGGUGGCAGCAAGCAAUUCUUCCUGUCUGGUGGAUUUGCUGUUGUGCAGCCCAACUCCGUCCUCAGCAUCAACGCCGUCGAGGGCUACCCAUUGGAGGACUUCAGCGCCGAGGCUGUCAGGAACCAGAUCGGCGAGGCACAGAAGAUUGCCAGCGGAAACGGCAGUGAGGCUGACAUUGCUGAGGCCAAGAUCGAGCUCGAGCGUCUCAUGCCCCGAGGCUUCGACCAACCCACGUCAAGUUCUGCGUCCCGAGCUACCAAUGCGGGACUACGCGAGCAGAGCAAUCAACCAUCAAACAUAAGAACUAGACAGGGUCGGUUCGAAGCUCCUGCUACGAUACCGGGAGCCGGAGAGGCGAAGCAACCAUACCCGACCACAUCCAGACGCAAGUCUAGUAGUCCCUCAGCUUUGCCCCUCCCACAAGCAUCGAGCGAACCUCAACCGCCUCCUUCCGGACGCAAAUCGCCUGCCUAUUUGCAAGGCAGGAACCCAUAUGGCCGAGUCUUGGACAAGGUCCAGCAUCCGUACCGGGAGCCCGAGGCAGUGACAACAGCACCUGUACCGCCUUCCCAAGCUGGCUCCAAUAUCGGUUCACGGCCACCUGCGGUGGGUGUCACAGACUCCAAACGACAAUCUCUGGCCCAAGAGCCGGGUCGACGCGGCACCCAGACAACAUACCCGCCAUCAAGACAGCCACAGGUCCCCAAGUCAGUUCGCUCUGCCAAGGACUUCUUCGAAACGGAAGCCUUCCAACGUCCGUCAGCGUCCCGUCCCCCACCUUCAGUUCCUGGUACCGGUGCCGCGAAGGCGCUCGCUCCCCAAACAUACGCCUCUAGUGCCUCUGGCGAACCUCCUGCCCGUGCUCCAAACCCGAAGUCAUCUUCUACUCCUAACGAGCAAGCCCCCGAUACUGGGCUGCUGUUGGCUUCUCUCACGGAAUUUUACGAUACCCGCGAAUCUCUGCAGUCUGUGAUUCCCUACAAACAAGGCGAAGCCGACGAGUGUGCUCCCAUCAUCACGACACAGAAAGCAACGCCCCCAGCCGUACCAUCUGAUCAGGGAGAGGAGCAGUACUUUUCCGACAUAGAGCGAGAAUCCAUUGGUCGGCGGAAGUCUACCAACAUCUUUGCAGGUAAAUCCGACGGUGCAAGGCUUCCAAGUCUCGAUCAACAGGCUGGACAGGACAGCUUUGCGAGCGACGCUAUCUCCAAGGCGCCGCUUCCUGACACUGGUGGGGCCAAUCCAGUUGAUCACAUAGAUCCUUCCGACAAGAUUGUGAGGCGUCUCGCUACCCGCAAUUCAAUACCAGCUGCUGAGACCAAGCAAGCCAACAAUCCGAACCCUCCGUCGCAACAGGAAGGUAGACGUGCGAAGUCUGGUCGCGAUCUUCGAAGGACUUUCGAGGAAGACAACGGGAUCUCUCCCAAACGGCUCAGGCGCAGUGGAUCACACACUGCUUCUUUGACAGAAAGUGGUACUUCAGCAAAGGAACCCGUCGAUCGUGUCGCGGAGUGGACCCAGAGUACGGAUGUUGGAAGUCCUCGCAACCAAUCUGGGAAGUCCAUUGGUGUGCGUAGACGAGCUGAGGAGAUCGUGGCAAGGAAUCUCGGCCACGACGGUGCAAGCGACAUGAGUGUCUCCCGACAAAGCUGUAUCUCAGGCUCGAUACCAACUGCCAACAUUGGUGUCGAGGAGCAGUAUGGCGAGAUCAAAGUGCCGGACGAUGUCGACAACCGCCAAGGGUACGGACGUCGCGUCACACAAGAUUUUGGCUUCCCAGGCGCACGGAUCAAGUCGUAUGGCAUCAACAAGACAAGCCGACCGUUACGAGACCCUGGCAAUUGGACUAAGCGAGCGUGCGGACACUUCUCAUACAUGGGCAAAACCGAGCACCGCGAGCAUGCACAAGAGAAAAUAUGUCGGCAAUGUUCGACCCGAGUACCAGUGCUUGAAGAGCUACUAUCUACGAAGCGGCGGACACGCAGACGAGCUUCAUCAGAAUCGUUGACCUCUACAACCCCUUCGUCAAAAAUCUCCACAGAUAACUGUUGCCGCCGGCAGAGGCGUCGUCGGUGUCACUCUGAAAGCAUGUCGCAUGACAGAUGCGGAGAUAGAUUCGCUGAUGAGUUGGGUCACAUCAUCGACAAUAUCCUAGAAGAGCAUGCAAACACACUUCAGAAUGUCAUCAGCAACAUCAAGAACACCCAACCCAGUCUCGACCAGCUGCGAAGGGUGUCUGGAGACCUUGUUCAGCGAUGCAAUACCAACGGAUGUGACGGGAAUCGCUGCCGGACAUCCUGCCGUUCAGCACAUGAAUCCUGUCGACGAGACGAUGAUUGGCUUCCACCCUGCCCAUAUCUCCCACCCAAAGCGGCAGAGAAACUCAACGUUGGGGCUACAGGCCAAGUCAAGCCGAACCUCAACGACCCUCAAUCGAGCCUGCGUGAAGAAGUGCAGUCGAUACCCGAUCUUGUCGACCUUGUCAAAUCUGCAGCUGACGAUCUUGGCUUCGAUCUUGACCGAAGGCCCACCGCGACCGACGAUGACAUGUUCCACAACGCCCCUUACGAGACCACACCCAUGGAUUCUGUCUCACGUCACACGGAUGUCUCCUUUGGAACAGCAGAGAACAGGGCUACGGAGGACGAGCCGCUUACCGAAGACAGCUGGCUACAGCAAACGCGUAGACACUUGACCGAACUCUCCGAGGCCCGAGAACAGCUUAUGGACGAACUGGAUUCCAUCGCUGGAGAUCUCGACGUCAAAUUUCGAGACCAACCAGAGGUUGAGUCGGUGACUGAUUCGGAUGCACCACAUGCACAUCGUGUACUCAGCAAAGCUCCCACGGGUCUCUCGCGUACAUCCACGUUACAGAGAGACGCUCUUAUCGACUCAGUACAGCGUAUGCUCAGCAAAGCGCCUACUGGCAUCUCACGCAGCUCUACAUGGCAUGAGCAGAGCCAGGGAGAGGCUGCUGACGACCUCGACUUCACCUCGGCACAGCGCAGAUCUAGCAAAGCUCCUACCGGUCUCUCACGCACGUCUACUUCGCAGAAAGAUGCUAUGAUCGACUCGGUACAACGUGUGCAACGUGUGCUCAGUAAGAUCCCCACCGGCCUCUCACGCAGCGCUACACGGCAUGGAGAAGAUGACGGAGAUGAGGAAGAGAAAGAAGCAGUCGAUAAUCGCCGUCUCGGACUUGCGCAGCGUGUACUGAGCCCAACCCCUGCAGACUUCUCGCGCACGUCUACAUCGCAAGCAGAUGCCAUCGUCGACUCGGUACAGCGCGUGCAACGCGUGCUCAGCAAGAUUCCUACUGGCCUCUCACGCAGCUCUACAUGGCAUGGAGAAGACGAGGAGGCCGUCGAAGACCCCGACAUCGAGCCAGUGCAGCGUGUGUUGAGCAUGUCACCUCCUGGUAUCUUACAGGCCUCUACGUGGAUCAGGGACGCUUCUGUCGACGCAACGCGACGUGUACUCAGUAAGCCUCUUACUGGCCUCCUGCGCAAUGCUACUUGGCAUAGCAUGGGAGACGACCCAGCAGACAGUUCUUUCGUCGAGCCCGUACAACGUGUACUCAGCAAAGCUCUUACUGGUCUCUCGCGCAACUCUACAUGGCAAAAGGAUGAUGAUGCACCAGUAGACGAAGCCGUUGUUGAAAGUGUAGAGCGUGGACCCAGCAAGGCUCCUACCAGCCAGGAGGAUACGCCUACUGACUUCGAUACUACUCAGACUGGUCAGCACGACGAUGAAGACGAGUCGUUCGGGGAGCCUACGCAGCCUACACUCGAGAAGGUCAACACUAGCCUCUCACGCGCAUCUACGUGGCACGGUAACAGACCUGUCGAAGAUGAAGAGCCCGGAGCUGACGUUCCGGGUCUCCAUGAGGAUGAUCUGGUCGCCACAAUCGUACGGAAUGUUCUCAGCAAGGUGCCCUCUGGCUUCUCACGCGCAUCCACAUGGCAGGACAACAAGACUGUUGACAUUGAAGACAUCGGGGCUGACGUUUCGGAUCACCAGGGGGAUCUGGUUACCGCAAUGGUGCAGCGUGUUCUCAGUAAAGCAUCCACUAAUAUCUCGAGCAAGCCAACCUGGCCCAGUUCUAAGACUCCCAACACCGCCGAAGAUGAAAUCCAGAGCGUUGUCGAUAACAGUGUUGACGAGCUUCGGCUUAGUCGCGCACUGACUCGGAUUCUCAGCCAACCGAAAGAGCCUCGGUCUGCUGGUCAAGAGCCAUACAAGGCUGAAGACGUUUCGCCUGAAGAGAUCUAG